AUGAGCUCCGAUACCACUGAGGAGCACCUGCCUGCUGGACAACACUUGUUGGUGGACAUGGAAGGCGUCGACGGGGAUUUCCUAAAUAGUGAAGCGCAACUCUCGCAAGCCAUGGUGGAUACCGUAAAAGAAGCCGGAUUGACCAUGCUUUCGUAUCACUGUCAUUCCCUUACACCUACCGGUGUUUCUUGUAUCGGAGUGCUUUUGGAAUCGCACAUUAGUUUUCACACUUGGCCCGAAGACGGCGUCAUUACUCUGGAUCUUUUUACCUGCGGCUCGAAC